CUGCUGCUAAGGAACACCCACCAGCACCUGUCGGGCAUCUACGCGGCGCUCGGAGACGACGAGAACGCUCGACUGCAGGAGCGCCUGGCCUCAGUACUUACAGAGGAGAUGGAGCUGUACUGUGCCGUGUGUAACCAGCCGCUUGGGCAGGAGCCGGGAAACAGUCUGGAGGCGCUGCCCUGUUCACAUAUCUUCCACCAACAAUGCGCUCGCGAGCUGCUCUCCAAGAGCGACCGGCGCAAGAAGAAGCGCAUCUGUCCGCAGUGCCGGAAAACGGUCAACUCGCGGAUGAUGUUCGUGUGCUACGACGACGUCAAGUAUGACGGCCACUACCCGGCCUUCCUGGCCAAUAACACGACGCACGUGCAGACGCCCGACCACCCGUUGUGAUAUGGGCCGCCGAGCUCUGAGGUCGCGCCGGCGGGUCCGCGCGCGCCGCCGGCAGGCGCGCCGGCCGACGCGACGGCGCCGACGCCGCUGCCGGCGACGGCCCGCUGCCUGAUGGCGCGCGCUGUCACCGCCGAGGCGCUCGUGCAGGCGAUGACGAUGCUCUGGAUACAGCGGCGUGACGCGUGACGCGGGUGACACAGUGUGACGCGCGCGACCGGCCUCGGCCGGCGCGGCGCUCAGGGACUCGGCACGGGACGGUGCGUCUGGCGGCGGACAGUGGGGUGGUUUGUUGGGCUGUUGGCGGGUCGGUGGAGCCGCUCCCGGCGGCAGCGGGGGCUGGAUGUUGACUGGUUGUUGUGAGCGGGUCGUGGAGCGCUGAGUGGCGGCGGAGGCGGCGGUGUCGCGGCCGCGGAGACAGCCGGUCUCUCCUGUUACACAGGGUAGAACCCGGCUUGUGUCUGUGACCUGGGCCGGACUCAUCCUACCGAGGGUGACUCGCCGCAGGCACUGACCGCCGCUCAACCGAGCGUUCGGAAAGAUGGGCGAUUGGAAAUGGAAAUCAUGAGCGUCGUUUGUAGGCAGAACGGCCCGGUGCUGCCUAUUGUUGGUCUGUGCCAAAGGCUCUAAUCUGAGAGCCUUGCAAAGGCAUUUAAUUGAUGUCUUGACUACAUCAGUUGGAAAAUGUGGAAAGCAGCCUCAUUGUGAGGCAGCUCGGUCACGACUAUCACAGUACACCUUGGCAGAAUCGACGAAUCGCAUCUACCGAAUAUCACCAGUAAGAAAGGAGCAAUACUUCCAAUACCACGGCGCGUUUGGUGAUGGCAGUUGGUUGCCUUUGUGCUUGAUGAGCCCGAGGGGCAUUGACUUGUUUCUGUGCAUUUGUUACGGCAGCGCAGAGUGCGCUCACGGGUUUGCGGCGCGCACGGUGCGUCGGGUUCGUCUCUGCGCUCCGAUUACCUGCUCAGAGCGCCCGGCCCCACAUCUGUUGUUUGACGAUCUUGCGUUUGGACUAUUUUGCAUAGGUGCUUUCUCGAAGGACUAUGAAAACAAGUGUGCCAAGCGCGUGCACGCGCGUGCGUACGUGAGCGUACGCGUGCGUGCGCGGACCGCGCGCCUUUGGGUGGUCGGGACCGGCGGCAAAGGCGGCGCCCGGUCGGCGCUCUGCGCCCCAGUGCGCCGGCCGCUGCUGCGCGGACCGCGCGUUCGCCAGACUGCCAACAUGGUUGCUCAUUCCCUUGCUAACUUUAAGCCUCAUAGGUGUAGCUGUUGCUGUUGAUGGUGGCGAUAUAGCUGACGAGAACUGGUGCCGAGAACCCUGACUAAAUUCACCCUCCACCGGCCGACCCACAAAGUAGGAUUAACUUUUGUACAUGGUGUUUGAUAUCUCUAGUAGCGGCUUCAGUUGAUUCCAGGUGACCGCAUUCGCCCCGUUACCCGGCCCCAGGACUGUUGUGACGCGGCGCCGGUGCCCCCAGCCCUGCUCUGCCCCAUUGAGAGAUUGUUUGCCGGCUGCGUUGGUGUGAAGUGUGACGGGUGAUGAGGUGAAGUGAAGUCUGCGGUUUGUGUGAAUCCGAGGGCGUUAUCCGGGAUUCGGCGAUGGAUUGGUGUGAAGCAUGAUAAUGAGGGAUAUUUGGAGCUGUGUGAACAUGGGAAACGUUUGAUUUGCGAGUGGCUCGUGGUAUGUGACAUAUGCUCUUCUUGCCUGUAAUUUUUUAUCGAUAUUAUUGAAGUCCCACUGUCUUACCAACACUUAGCUUCGAAUAAAUAAGUUAAACUAAGA